AUGGAGGAUAAAGGCGAGAACGGACACGCUGUAAAAUACUACCGACUGUCAGAAAUCGAGGAACGGAAUUCAUUCAAGAGUACAUGGAUUAUAAUCAACCAUAAAGUCUACGAUGUCACCACAUUUCUGGAGGAGGUGAGAAAAUUGGGCUAAACGAAUGGUUCAUUUUAUAGCCCAUCAAUUUUUACUUGAUUUAGGCUGAUCCAUAAUAGCCAUCAACAGGUCAAUUUUUCUCAGUAAUCAUCCAUGGCAACAUUUCAUACCAUUGUGUGCGAAGUCAAUAAAUACUUUUUAAUUAUGGAGGAUAGGGAGAUCAGCGCACGAACGUUGGAAUUUUUAUUUUAUUUUUUAUCUUAAACGCUUGAUUUGUUACCCGCACUAUAAACCUGGCCUCAAAGACUAGACGUAACACAGUAAACGUAAAUCUGUUACAUUCAAAUUAGUAUGAUAGCCUAUGUUAUGUUUCUUAUGGUUACAUAAGGCAGAAGGUUACUUAACCCUGACCUAGUCCACAGUAUUACAGUAGUAGAUCAGAGGACAGCAUGUAGUGUUAGGGUUUAACCCUGACCUAAUCCACAGUAUUACAGUAGUAGAUCAGAGGACAGCAUGUAGAGUGUUAGGGUUUAACUAUAGUUUUUUGACACACCUGUGCAUCACAUGGUGAUGUCAUGUUGAACAUUGAAUAGCUCCCUGUGUGUUUAUGCUAGAGACUUACCAUUUAUUGUAGUAGCUGCAGUGGCUGCAGUAUAGAGCUCUUCACGGAUGCACCUGUACCUGAAUACCCGAGACCAGAUCCGGGACCCGUCUGGGUCGGAGCUGAUAUGAUUGUCACGGGUCUCGGGUAUGUGUAAUUUUAACUGACCCGUACAGAUCUGAAUGUGACUGCUGCAGUAGAGGGAGGGAGAGACAUUGUAUAAUUUAUGCUGCUAUUCUUUGCUUUUCAUGAGUGGCGCGUGUCGCUUGUUGUUGUAGAGGAUCUACGGUCAUAGAGCCUCCGUGUGUGGUAAAAGUUAGGGAAUAUCUCAUCAAUGGAGGAAGAUGGAAUUAAAAUGAUGGAAUUAAAAGUUAAAGGAGAAGGAUAGGCUACAACGACCAAGAGCCAACAGGUAGGCUGCUACUUUACAUUCUGAAUGGAGUUGUUGUUGUUUGUAACUGUGUUGGACAAGAAAGCGCAUGCAGCCUCAAUUAGCCUAGCUAGCUAGCUUAACUAGCUUCUCCUGGUUUGAUGCAGUCAAGACGGGUACUACGUAAUCAUAUUGGAUGAUAAAUAACCUAGCUAUGGCAGCUAUUAGUCUAUUAUAGCGCGAGUCGGCUUGGUUGGUUGCUGUCUCUCAUCUCUCCCUCCUCCCUGUUCCCGUGUCACUCGCACACAGCUCCGGUUUUAAUAAAGUAGCUUAAAAAUGGACUUUUCUGCUUCUUCUCUCACUCGAACUGGGUAUAGUGAGUAGUGAUGGGGGGAAAAAAACAAUACAGAUAGAUAUUGGGAUAUUAUUUUUGUACCUGCAUCAAAACUCCAGUAUUUUUCCUUCGUAGCUUCUUCUCCAUCUUCUUUUUAAAUAGGGAGCUUUUUUUUUUCAGCACUUGUAUUUCCAUGACUGAUCAAAACUUGUUUUCUCAUGGCUCUCUCUUGGCUCUCUGCAGCAGACAUAUGGUGAGCAAGAUGUUUGGAACAUCGAAUCGCAGUAAAAUCACAGUAUCGAAUCGCAAUAAAUAUAGAAUUGUGAGAAUUGCAAUUAGGGAUGGGCAUUUGAACUUUUUUGACUGUUCGAAUACCCGCAUAAUUUUUUUUAGAGUACUUGGCCUGCACUGGAAAAAAAUAUGUGCGCGUUUAUCAAUAUGCCAACCGUGAGCAACAAUGGCUUAUUUAUCAUAACCAUUACAGAUAUAGAAUCCUAAAUGCUGAAUUGCCUCAUAUAUUCAGUAAUUUAAGAUUCAUUUAUUGAAACAAUAUAUAUUAUAUUGUGGAAGACAAUCUUUAAAAAGGUAGUAACCUCAGCAGUGUAGCACUUGCUUGUAGAAGCCUAUGGCUGUGCAAUGGCAUAGCCUUGUUUUGUUGAUUUAGCAGACAACUGUUAUUUCCCAUCCUUAUCACAGUCAAAACACACCUAUUUUAUAGUAAACAACAUGAUGUAAUAUAACAGAAUAAAAUAUAACAGAAUAGUGCAAAGUGACGCAUAUCUUGCAUCUGGAAGUUAUUCUCAGAGUGCUAAUUUGAAAGUGGCUCAAUUUGGCGAUUUUGAAUGACACAUUUUUCAGGGUUACAAACCAAAAUCUAUUAUUUUCGAUAUACAGACGUUCAAUUUAGUUUAUUCUGCCUGUUCUUUGCAAUUAAAAAAAUGGAUUAACAAUUCCACUUUGAACACUGCAUGGGGAUGAAUUAUGGCCACGACAUCUGUUUGGUGAGUAGGCCUAUGCUUAAUAAUUCUGAUGAAAAUACGCUCUUUGUCGUUAUCAAACUAAUAUUUUUGCGUAUUUUCAGUGCAGAACCUGUCUAUGUUUAGGGGGUUAUAGCCUAGGCUAAUCAAUUCUAAAUGACACUAAUUUGCAAAGUAGGGGUCAUCACUAGUUACCACAGCCACAAAGUCAUAAACCCUGCCUAUUUCUAAAAUGUAUUUUCUUAAAAUCAGAUUUUAAACCUAACCAUAACCACACUUCUAACCACAUGCCUAACCUUAAAUUAAGGCCAAAAAGCAAAUGUUUGUGUUCAUAAAUUUUUUACGAUAUGUGACCCGUUUCAGGAAACUAGGCGUAUGUCGCGGGUCACUACUUCACAGGAGAGCCAUUUGAACGUAAACUUUAAAAAAAAGUCUAAAUGUGUUUUUUGGCAGAAAUGCCUUCUCGAACAUGUGAACUUUCAUGUGCCUUAAUAACAAACUUGUAUGCCAUCUUUAAAUACGAAUAAAACAUUUAAAUUACGAGCCUAGUUGGUUUAGCGAAAGAAAAAGACAGCAACCUUCCCACUAGCCAUGAUUGGCUGAGAUAAUGAGUGGGCUGGACAUGCCGAGAGAUGAGUUUGGAUUGGUCUGCCAUAUAGCACGCUUCUGUCUAUUUGAGCUGGUCAGUAUGUCCUAUUUCUGGAGGACUGAGUUUUGAAAUCAGUGGAAUUUGAGUAUGAUAGCUAAGGAGAUGGAGAAAACACCUCCGGAUUACAUCUUCAAGCUAAGGGCAACCAUGGCAUCCGACAGGAGACUCAUCUAUCCAUGAAUUAUGUAUAUGGGUAAGAUAGUCUAGCUAGCUACAUUUUCAGAUAUUACACGUUUCAAGUUUUGACAGAAAGAGCCAUUUGCUUGAGCCUAAUGUUAGCUAGCUAACAUUGAACCUGGUUGGUUAGCUACCUGCAGAUUCAUGCAGGGUAGUAAUGUCAUGAGUUGUGAUUAUGGUUCAUUGUUUACUUAGCUAGCUAGCUACAUGUCUUAACAAAAGACUUCACUAUGCAAGUAACCAUUUCGGGUGCAUUCGUAAAUUCAGUCUGGCCAUCUACUCCGAUUUCAGAGCACUCUCGUCUGAGUGUGCCAGAGCGAAGAAUAACUGAUGAAUUUACGAACGCUCAACACCCGUUGAAUACGGCCGGUGUCAGUAAACGUAGUUUAAAAAACAUAAUUAAGUUGUUGCCAGCAGCACAGUUGCAGUCACCAAUGCUGUGGAUAACAUAACAGCCUAACCAGCUCUGCUAGGGCGAGUAAUGUUCAGUGAGCUGUUCUGUCAUUUGUGUCUGGAAGUAGCUAGCAAGUUAGCUUGGGUGCUUGACUUCUGUUGUUAGUACAGAACGCUCGGAUUAACCCUUAAAGAGAUAGGUGGGGCUAAAGCUUAAGAGGGUGUGAACGAUGCUGAAUGGGUGUAGACAAAGAAGGGCUCUCCAGUAGUAGUACCAAAAGAUUCAAAGGUAAUUUUCUCAAAAUUGAGUUUACAAGUUUAUCAACAUUCAAAGCAAAAUGACUUUCCCAUUGUUCCUCAAUUGUAGUGUAUGAUAUACCAUUUUGUAGCUCCGAGUCUCUACUUUUAUCCAAUGUAAAAAACACAAAUGUCAAAUUUUGCUACAUAAGACCAAUUUGUGCCGGUCGGUCACACAUAGCCAAUUUUGACUUUGUGGCUGUGGUAACUAGAGACAACCACAAAGUAGCAUUUGCGGAAAAUGACGCAAUUAUUCCAAAACUUCAGCUCAUUGUUGGAACACAUAUUUCCGUACUUCAGUCAACCAGUCCAUUUUGAAUUUGUGACAAAAUUGUAGUCAUUUGGCAAGGGAUGUAGCUUGUGUAUCCCAUCUGUUAGAUAUGACUCCCGAGUGGCGCAGUGGUCUAAGGCACUGCAUCGCAGUGCUAGCUGUGCCACUAGAGAUCCUGGUUCGAGUCCAGGCUCUGUCGCAGACUUCCGUGACCGGGAGACCCAUGGGCGGCGCACAAUUGGUCCAGUGUCGUCCAAGGUAGGGGAGGGUUUGGCCGGCAGGGAUGUGGGUUCGUUUCCCACGGGGGGCCAGUAUAAAAAUUAAAUAAAAAUAUCAACAACAAAAAAAAUAACAUGUAUGCAUUCACUAACUGUAAGUCGCUCUGGAUAAGAGCGUCUGCUAAAUGACUAAAAUGUAAAUGUCAAUGUUUUUAUAGGCAUUUAUUUCUGUAGGCACACUCAACACGCGUGUGUAGAGGGAGCGGUCGGAACGCAAUUGAGUGAGCCACAGAGGGGAAAGGGGAUUUAUGGAGCAGAACUGUGUGAUGCUUGGCUUCUUUUUAGUUGUGUCCUGCAAAUGCACAUGUAUAAAUGGAACGAUAGAGUCAAAGCAAAUUAACGUUGUCUUCAAGAUACAAUUUCAACCAAAUAGUUUUAUAAUAUUUAAAAAAUAUAUGAUCUCUGGUCAAUGAUCGAGUUUUGACGUCAGUUCGAUUACUCAUGCCUAUCCAUAAUCGCAAUACAUAUCAUAUUGGCACCUAAGUAUCAUGAUAAUAUCGUAUUGUGAGAUCCCUGGCAAUUCCCAGCCCUAAAAGUGAGUGAUCAUAACCAUCACCAAUGUCGUUUUCUCUCCUGGGUUUCUUUGCACUUUGGAUAGACCUAGCUUAUUGUUAUUAUAAUGUGGCCUAUUGACAAUUAGAUAAGGCCAGAUAAAAUAGUAUACAAAUUAGACGAGUAAAGCUAGCUAUCUGAUCCGUCCUCUGAAAGACUGGGUUCAGUCGAGGACACUGAAUAUCCCCAACAGCUGGCAAGUCACACUUGUCCUGGUUACAGAUUAAUUUACCCUUUGGAUCAGACAGUACAGGGUAGGUAGCUCAGAGGUGAGGAAGGCAGACCAGUAGGCAGAAGGUCGCUGGUUAAAGUCCUAUGCUGGGUGAUGAAAAGUGGGAACUGAACUGGCAAUUGGAAGGCUUCUGGUUUCAGACCAUAUCCCAUAUCCACUACUGUGUUGCCCUUGAGCAAGAAACAUAACCCUUAACUUCUCCAGGGCUUCUCCAGCGCUAUGCUGUUGCUGACUAUGUGUUCCCCCAAAAUAUGUUCUGUAUGUUUCUGGGGAUUGGGAGCAGAGCAGUGAAGAGAGAUGAAGAGCAAUGAAGUACUAUUCUAUUCUACAUUGUUCAAUUUGAGUAGGGUAAAUAGUAGCGUUCAGUUGGGUUUCAUGAGGCUACCUUACACAAGAGUUUAUAGUGACAUUUUAGGGAUUUCUUAUUUAGGCCAAUAACACUCAAUAGGUCAAGCAUGAUAAUUCUUACUGUUCCAUCGGGUUCAACCUGUUGUGUACAGUCUCCAAAUGUAGGUGUGAGUUCAAUACCUUUUCACAAGUUUCUAUAAUGUUAUGCAAAAAAAGCUAUACUUAUGUGUCUUGAAUAACGUGUGUAACUAGCAGAAUAGGUUUUGCUGAAAGAUGAUUGUUAAAUAUGAUUUAAACUUGGAUAGUUUACUAAAAUUACAAAUGUACCUAAUCUUGUGGAUACCUAGUCCAGUGGUUCCCAUACUUUUUUUACUCCGCCAACAAGAAGGGUGUGAACAGUUUGUCUCAUGAACAGUGCUUGUGCCCAUAGAAGUAGAUGUGGCACGGGCAUGGAAUCUUUCCCAAUGCUGGAAGGGGGGCUUGAGUGAAAAAGUUUGGGAACCCCUGCCCUAGUCUAUGAACACAGAGAACCAGUGAUCCAAGAUGUGAUUUUGUCUAUUUAGCUACAGCUUAGCAUUAAGGUUUCAGGUAAAACAAUGGGAAUGGACUCCUAGAAUGCAUUUAAUAAGCCUAAAUUGUAUAAAAACAACAACUCUGACAUGUAUAAUACAGCACCCAGGUGGAGAGGAGGUCUUGAGAGAGCAGGCUGGCGGCGACGCCACAGAGAGCUUUGAAGAUGUCGGACACUCAUCAGAUGCCAGGGAGAUGGCUGCCAACAUGGUCAUUGGAGAACUACAUCCAGUAAGCACUUAUUCAGUACCUUAAACCUAUCUUUUUAAAGGCUUUACGAACCUUUUGCCUCUGGGGGUGCUCUUGAGCCAAAAGGGGUCCGUCCCCUAAAUCAUCAGAAAUAUUGUCCAGAAAUGACCUCAUUGGACAGAAAGAGGUAUACCCAGUGAUGUAGUAGUAAAAAUAAAUAGGUGGGUAAGCGCUAAUCGGCGUUCCCGGUAAGUAAUGCUCCCUAAACUUUCAAUGCAUUUUUCCACUAAAGGUGGGUAAACGCUUGAGGAAAAUAAAAAUGGUGCGUAGCUCACGUUUUACGUACAUUUACCCUCCACUACACCACUGGGUACACCUUCCCACACCCAUGAGCAAAAGCAAACAUUGUUUGCCUGAAAGAUUUGUGGUUUCAUCAAACUGUCAUGAGAUAAAAAAAAAAAUUGUAAUAUUAUAUCAUUUAUGAACCAUACAGCCAAUAUUCCACCCAACAUUUGAUGUAAACCAUCGAUAAUACACUCACCGGACAGUUUACAUGGGCUGUGGCUUGCUAUAUAAAGCAGGCAGACAGGCAUCGAGAUCUCAUUGAGAUGAUUUUAGAAUGGGUGAAAAAUGAGUGAACCAUAAGCGAUUGAGCGUGGUAUGAUCGCUAUCUGCAGGUUGCGCCGGAUCCAUAUCAGAAACGUUUGCCCCAUGGGUUGUAACGCUAGCAAGUUUAACCGAGAAGUGUGACAAACAAAAACAUACCAGUCAUGCAUCCUGUGGCAAAACCAUGGAAGUCAAGCAGAAGCAAGCAAAUUGUUGCCGCAAAGGCGAGCCAUAACAGAAAAUAUGGCGCAGUACAAAAAAGUGGUUUGCAAACGGCAUUCGAAGCCAACUUUCGGUCCUGUCAGGAUAUUGCAGCAACGACCACACUGGGUUGGACUUUAUCACUAAAAACAAGAAGAAGUGGCUCCAUGGGCACACGAUACCACACUGAAAUGAGGAUGGCAAACAUGAGAUCGAGGCUUUCGAUACUAGUGACCUGCUUAAGGCAGCAAAUGAUGAUGCAUCUGGCGUCAGCAUGGACCACUUUUCCAUGUAGAAUCAAUGCCCCGAACAAUUCAGGCUGUUCUGGAGGGAAAGGGGUUCCGACCCAGUACUGGAUGGGUGUACCUAAUAAACUGUAUCUAUGAUCUAUGAAACAAUCAGCAACUAAGCUUCCUUUCUGGAUCUCUAACAAUGGCUAAUGCCGGGAGAUUCUUCCUGUAAGGAGGGGUGGCGGGUCUUCCUAGUGAUAUUGGUACAUCCAUUUGAAUUCAAUUACAUUUUGACAGCAUCCCCUUUGAUUUAAACAGACCUUCUAUACAUAUUCACUUUUUGAACCUGAGGGCCAAAACAUUCAGGAGAAAAGUGCUCAAAGUUGACCUGUUUUGCAUACCCCACCCAACCAGCUCUCACAGUCUCACUUCAGAAUCCCUGUUCAUAACCAAAACCUACUUGAAGGUAAGAGCGCUCACCGUUGCCCCUAGUGGCCGGUUUCCAUGUCAUCUCUCGACGUCCUCAGACAUGGAUGGACGUCGAAUACUGACUUGUAUCACGGGUGACCUGGCUGACCCCACCAUGAGACAGCCAUGUCUUCAUCGCUGGAAAAGAUAAACAGUUGACUUUGAUAUAAUUUUAAAAGCUUACAAACAGGGUUGUCAAACAAUUUGAAAUUAUCUUGGAGAAAAAAAAGGUUUUAAUAAAAAUGAUCUAAAAAUGCCUAAACUCUGAAUUUUUUCAUAUUUGCUUAUGUUGUAGCUUAGACCCUACUUUACAUCAUCUGAGGUUUUUAUAUUUUACCCCCCAUCAGUUGAGACAACAUGCUUUUGAGUACAGGGUGGGUGUCAUUUUAAUCAUAGAAAUAGAACUCAUAGAAUGGAACUAUCCCUUCAGACCACUGCAAUUAAGCUGGUACACCAUAUAUGUAUUUGUAUUUUUAUUAUUAUUUGUACUUUUACCCCUUUUUUUCUCCCCAAUUUCAUGAUAUCCAAUUGGUAGUUACAGUCUUGUCCCAUCGCUGCAACUCCCCUACGGACUCGGGAGAGGCGAAGGUCGAGAGCCGGACUGCUUCUUGACACACUGCUCGCUUAACCCGGAAGCCAGCUGCACCAAUGUGUCAGAGGAAACACCGUCCAGCUGGCGACCGAAGUCAGCUUGCAGGCGCCCGGCCCGCCACAAGCAGUCGCUAGAGCACGAUGGGAUAAGGAAAUCCUGGCCGGCCAAACCCUCCCCUACGUAUUGGAUCACAAAAAAAUAAAACUCUACAUUACCGUGUAGUUUACCAAUAAAAUGGUCUGAUGGUGAUGUGGAUAUACAGGGUAUAAAGAAAUGAUCUCACUCCAAUAAAUGUUAAUAGAAAGUUAGCAAAAAUAGAUAAGAUCUUGCUACCAUGGAAAGGUAAAUACCUGUCUUUGUGGAAAAAUCACCCUGAUUAACUCUUUAGUAAUAUCCCAGUUUACCUAUUUGCUUAUGGUCUUGCCUAUACCUAGCGAACAGUUUUUUUUUAUUAUAUGAGAAAAAUUUGGAACGGCAAGCCAGACAAAAUUAAACGGGCCUGUUUAUAUAAUGAAUAUGGAGGGCAGAAAUUGUUAAAUAUUAAAGCAUUAGACCUCUCACUAAAGGCGUCAGUCAUACAAAAGGUAUACUUAAAACUGAACUGGUUCUCUAGCAAAUUAGUAAGAAUGUCUCACCCUAUGAUCACGAAUGGCCUUUUUCCCUUUAUUCAGAUUACAACCUCUCACUUUCAGUUAUUUGAAAAGGAAAUCAUCUCCCAAAUAUCACUAUUUCUAAAACAAGCCAUAGAAAGUUGGUUGCAAUUUCAAUUUCAGCCACCAGAAACGACAGAACAAAUAAUACAACAAAUAUUGUGGUUAAACUCAAAUAUACUAAUUGAUUUUAAAAAAGAAGGGAAAAAAAGUACAAUCUUCGUAAAUUAUAUCAUAGGUAGGACUGGUGGCGUUUUGUCACACAUGCAGCUAACAAAAACAUAUGGAAAUGUCUGCUCUACCCAAAAUUACAACCAACUAAUUGCAGCAUUACUGCAAAAAUGGAAGAGGAAAGUGGAAGGGGGGAAAAGUAAGGAACUUGUCUGUCGGCCCUGCAUUAAAGACCAUAAUUGGACAGGACAACUUCACCGCAUCAAAGGGAUGAUGGACGGGGCCAUGUACCGUCAAAUCUUGGGUGAGAACCUCCUUCUCUCAGCCAGGGCAUUGAAAAUGGGUCGUGGAUGUGUAUUCCAGCAUGACAAUGACCCAAAACACACGGCCAAGGCAACAAAGGAGUGGCUCAAGAAGAAGCACAUUAAGGUCCUGGAGUGGCCUAGCCAGUCUCCAGACCUUAAUCCCAUAGAAAAUCUGUGGAGGGAGCUGAAUGUUCGAGUUGCCAAACGUCAGCCUCGAAACCUUAAUGACUUGGAGAAGAUCUGCAAAGAGGAGUGGAACAAAAUCCCUCCUGAGAUGUGUGCAAACCUGGUGGCCAACUACCAGAAACGUCUGACCUCUGUGAUUGCCAUCAAGGGUUUUGACACCAAGGACUAAGUCAUGUUUUGCAGAGGGGUCAAAUACUUAUUUCCCUCAUUAAAAUGCAAAUCAAUUCUGCAUUUUUGACAUGCGUUUUUCUGGAUUUUUGUUGAUGUUAUUCUGUCUCUCACUGUUCAAAUAAACCUACCAUUAAAAUUAUAGACUGAUCAUGUCUUUGUCAGUGGGCAAACGUACAAAAUCAGCAGGGGAUCAAAUACGUUUCUCCUGUGUGUGUGUGUGUGUGUGUGUGUGUGUGUGUGUGUGUGUAUAUAUAUAUAUAUAUAUUACUGAGUAAACACUAAACAGAAACAAAAAAGUUGUGCUGGUCCUUCUGGGGGAUUGGAAGUGAUGCAGACCAUUACAUUGAUGGAAGCUACAAUUUAUCUGCAAUAUUAAAGCCUCAUGGGUCUCCCGGUCACGGCCUGCUGUGACACAUUCUGGGAUCGAACCCGGGUCUGUAGUGACAGCAUUUCAAUUAUUUAUUGAAUUCAAAUUUAAACUUGUAAUUACUACCACAAAGAUGGCUGCCGGUCCAUCCACCGUCGAAUGCCAACUUAAAUGGUAAUGUAUAUUCUAUUAUCUAUAUUUCUAUGAUUUCAAUAGGUUUCAUAUGGAGGAUUGACAGUAUAAUUUAAAACAGAUAUUCUCAUUCAAGUCAACAUUCUCUGAUGUGUGGACCUCCAACCAUCUUUUUGGUACCAUUUGAAAGGCGAAAUUAAAAUGUUACCUCCAUUGACACCCACCUUGCAUUCAAGAGUAUGUUGUGUCUCAACCGAUGGCAGGCACAACACAAAAACUUCAGAUAUUGUCAAAUAGGCUGUAAACUACAACAUAUGAACGCGUUUCUAGAUAAUUGACGUUUUAAGGUUAAAAAAUUACCAAUUUUAUUUAAAAAAAUCACAAUUAUUAAAUAGUUUGACAAUCCUGUUUGUAAGCUUUUAAAUUAUGUCAAUCUCAACCGUUUGUUUAUCUUUUCCAGUGAUUAAGACAUUGAUGUCUUAUGGUAUGCAAAAUAGGGAAACUUUGAGCACUUAUAUUUCUUGAAUGUUUUGGCAUUCAGGUCCAAAAAGUCACUUUCUGAGCACUUCUACAAUGGCCAAUAUGUAUGGAAGGUUUCGUUCAAAUAAAAAAUGGGUGCUGUCAAAAAGUGAUUGAAUUCAAAUGGAUUUACCCUGUUACAGUAUCCCAAAACCCCAUGAUGUGGUGUUAUUUGGUCAUGGGGACGAGAGGUAUGUUUAGGGUACUACAGUUUAAAUUAUCUAAUUUGAUAUUUCUACAGUAUACUAACAACCUGUAUACAAUUUCUUUGUAUCAUUUGCGCUACUGGUUCCACUAUUAUUCCACUGGUAGUGUUUGUUUUAAUGAACCCCAAAGGAACAAGUAAUUUGUAGGUUUUUAUUUUGUUUCUAAGUAAGUACCCGGUCAUCUUCUGUACCACAAAAUUAAGUAUAGUUUUCAGAGUUAGCAGGUCAAGCAGGCACAAUUUGUCUGUCUCUUUGGAAGCGUGGGACUGGAUUGUCAGAAUACAGAUUAAAAACAAAACACCCAGACAACCGUUUAGUUACUAUUAGACAGCGAGCGCACAGGCCCUUCUUGCACAAUACCAACUCACAGUCUCACGUCAGAAUUAGACAUCUAUGUUUCUCAAACGUCAACUUUCGAAAUGUUUUAAGGUUAGGCAUUAACUCCGAAUUUUUAAGGUUAGGCAUUAACUCUGAAUGGUUAAGGUAAGGGUUAAGGUUUGGGCUUACGCCCCUCCGCCUUCCCCGUCCACAACAGUCUAGCAAACCGAAACCUACUUGAAGGUAAGAGUGCUCACUGUUACCCCUAGUGGCCGGUUUCCACAUCAUAUUCCGACGUCCUCAGACAUGGAUGAACGUUGAAUACUGACUUGUAUCACGGGUGACCUGGCUGGUCUUCCUGUGACCUAUUGGGUGCGAGGCUGAACACAACAGUGUAGGGUAUUGUGAUUGUGUUGUCCGCCCUGUUGUGUUCAUUGAAUGACAUUGGCUACCCUUUUAUUCUCUGUAUGUCAUCUUGAUUGAAUGCAGAUGACCAUGAUAUUAUGUAGGAAGUUUCAGUGGUCCCAUAGUUCUGCUAAAACAGACAACACAUCUGUGAGUGUGAAAUGUUAGAUUUCACACCAUAACAUGAUGUGUAGGCUACAUCAUGGCAAUGGUAUGCAAGAUGACUCUUAAUUUACAUUAGAUAUAUUUGUUGAUUUAAUGAAUCAUUCUGGUUUCAAUUGGCUGAUGUGACACUUAAUUGCUAAAAAAUCUGUCUAGUUUGUUUUGGUAGACUGCUUUGCUGCAGAGGAUAGAAAUAAUUUAGUUCUCAGCCUUCCUCCAUAUCUAGUGUAAUCUAAACGGGAAGGAAAGCCUGGUCCUACAUUUGUCGAACACCUGCCAACUCUCAUAGCAUAAUAAACAACCUCUCUCUCUCUCUCUCUCUCUCUCUCCUCGCUCUCUCGCUCUCUCUCUACCUACCUCCACCCCUUCCUUCUAUCUCCUUCACUCUCUCGUGUAGGAUGACCGGCCGAAGAUUGACAAACCUUCAGUAAGUAAAACUAAUGAAUGUGGAUAUCAGGCAACUGUAUCUCAAAUGUGAAAAUGUACGCUACUCAUAUUCCAGCACACAUAGUAUGUUUUUGCUCCAACAUGAAUGAAAGUCACCAACGUUUCGACAGCAUGCUGCCUUAAUCAAGAUUUAUUUUGUAAACACUGUAGUUUACAUGGACAGCACAUCUGACACAUUUACACUGCAUCAUAAAGAUAGGCCUACUCAAAGAUAUGGAGACAAACAUGUCAAUAUUUGUGGUGGCCUCACAGAGUUUCCUUUUCUUACAGGAACCAAUCAAGGAAACCUCAAGGUACGUAGGCACCCCUGAUGCUUUUUUCAGUUUCUUGGUUUUAAAUAAGUUAGAAUUCAUUUUGCAAGUUUGCAUCUGAAUGAGUAAUGGAUGCUUCAGAUGCUUGUUUGUGUUUAUGUAAGGAAAUGUGCUUCCUCAUAUAUGUUUAGAAUUCUAUGGGAGGAUUUUUCAAAUGCAAGACAGUCCUGCAGUCUGCCCAAACCUAUUGUUUAAUCCAAAGUUUGAAUCGCGUGCCAUUGUCUUGCUAUUCUGUAAAGUAAGAACUGAAGACACGCGCAAUUGGUUGUCGAGGGGCAGACUAACGAAUAACCUACUGCCGAUGUUCCCUUGAGCAAGGAACUUAAACCCCUAAACUGCUCAUUGGGCACUGCACUGCGGUUGCCCUCUGCUCCAGCCUCUCCAACCUAAUGUUUGUUUGUGUGUGUAUACCAGAGGGGUUGGGUAAAAGCAGAUGACAAAUUACAAUCUGGUCUAAUAAAGUAUCUUAUAUUUAUUCCAGUGAUUUAAUGGGGAACCAAUAUUGCUAUUCUAUGACAUUAGGGUUUUAUCACCUUUGUACCCUUUCAGCUGACGGUUUUACUGGUGUAUUGUAUCUGAGCUCUUGUUGUUCCUCUCUCCUCAACAGUUGGUGGACAAACUGGUUGUUCCCCGGUUUGGCUGCGGCUGUCGUCACGGUGAUGUACCGCAUGUACACGUCCGAGGAGAAGUAA